CCGGGCUGAUCCGGGAUGAGCUCCAGGGGAAUUCCAGCCUCGCUCCGGGGGAGCUCCCGGCGCUCUCCCAGCUCUGUGGGCCCCACCUCUCCCAGGCGCCGUUGCCGCUUUAAGGCGCCCCUCGGGCUCGCGCUCCAGGCCCGUCACCGCUCUGCCUCCGCCCCGCCCAGGGGGCGUGGUCACCCCCCAGCGCAGCCAAUGGGAGCGGGUUGUGUCCGUGACGUCAUAGGGGCGCGGCCGAGGCAGAAGACUCGCUAUGGCGUACCCGGGGCAGGGAAUGCCCCCCCAGGGGUGGAUCCCGAGGCGUUCUCCUGGUUCCAGACGGUGGACACGGAUCACAGCGGGUUCAUCUCCGUCAAGGAGCUGAAGCAGGCGCUGGUCAACAACAACUGGUCCUCGUUCAACGAUGAGACCUGUCUGCUCAUGAUCAACAUGUUUGACAAGACGCGGACGGGGCGCAUCGACGUCUACGGCUUCUCCGCCCUGCUGCGCUUCAUCCAGCAGUGGAGAAGCCUCUUCCAGCAGUACGACAGGGACCAGUCCGGCUCCAUCAGCUUCAGCGAGCUCCAGCAAGCUUUCUCCCAGAUGGGUUACAACCUGAGCCCCCAGUUCAGCCAGCUGCUGCUGGCCCGGUACGCCCAGCGUUCCCCCAAUCCCAGUAUCCAACUGGACCGGUUCAUCCACAUCUGCAUGCAGCUGCAGAGCCUCACCGACGCCUUCAGGGAGAAGGACACGGCUCUGGUGGGAAAUAUCCGCCUCAGCUACGAGGAUUUCCUCGCCAUGGUGGUGACCAGGAUGCUGUGACAUCCCCGCUCCGAAAGGCUGGGAAUUCUGGAGCUCUCCAGGAGCAUCAGCCAUCUUCAUCUUCACUCUGGGAUGAGGCUGAGCCUCCCUCCAACCCUGAGAGUUCCCCCCGGGGCCAAAUUUCCAGCUUGAUCCACCCCAAAUCCUGCUGGGUUGGGAUCCUUGUGUCCAUUCUGUGGGAGUCAGGAUGAAUCCCACGCCAAACUGGGGCAGCCAAACCAGCUUAGAUGCCAUGCCAGCCCCAAAUUCCAGCUUCACCCCGAGGUGCCUGCAGCAGAACAUCCCAAAUUCGGGGAGGAAAAGCUGAGCCUUGGUUUUGGAAGCAGCAGGAAAGGGGAAAAGUGAGGACAGAGCUCCUUCCUUCCCUCCCUGAGUGCCCUGGGAGCACAUCCUGCCUUGGGAAUGUUUUCCUGGGGGGUCUCAUCCCUGUUUUUCCAGGGGCUCCUGGAAUGGCAUGUGCUGCUGCAGCCCCACGGGAUCGUCCCCUUGCUGUUGCCAAUCCUGAAGCCAAAUCCAGACCAAGUUUAGAGAUCAAUUUUUCCAGCUUUGGAAUAAAAGGUGUUGUGCUCUGGCUGCUCUGUGGUCUCUGUGUACAGGGG